UAAGACUGAGCAGUGUCUGCAGUGUGCUGAAGGUUUUCAGUUAUCUUUAAAAUUGCUGCUAUGUAGCUGAAAGGCAGGAUGGGAAAUCCAUCAGGAUUGGCAAGGAUCCUAGAGGGGAGAGAUGGUACUGAGAGCAGGAGUUCCCCCAUUGCUAAAAUGAAGAAAACCAGCAACCUGAAACAGCAAAUCUGACUUAGUAUCUACAGUCUGGGAGCUAAUACAGUUGUGAUUCUGAAGUUUGAGAUAACAUUACAGUAACAAGAUAUGUAAAGUAUCUUUUUUCCUUCCCAUGAGAUCCUUGUAUUCGGUGUACUUUAACUUCUCCUUUUUAACCUCAGUCCUAUUCCUAGAACAGAUUGGUAGGGAGGAACUGCUGUGAUUUUCUUAUGAUGGUGGCUGCUGUUUUUCUCAAAGCAUGUUGCUUUCUCCUCGCUUUUAUUUAAGAGCACACUUCAGAUGUGCUAGCCAUAGCUGAAGUUGCCUGUGUUUAGGCUACAGCUGGAUCAGAUUCUGAAAUAAAUGCCUGUUCAUUUAAGGCAUUAAGCUGCCUAGUGCUGCUUGCAGUUGGCUGAGGUAUUUCAGUUUUUUCUAAUGUUCUUUGAUAAUGCUAGCUGUAGAUUUAGAUGUACGUGAACAAAAUGGUUUAGUGGCUUGUGGUAGCAAUGGUAAUGGGAGGAUGGUAGGACUAGAUCUUAUAGGUCCUUUCCAACCUUGUGAUUCUAUGAUUCUAUGAAAAGGGUUCUAAGGACUCCUAAGGCUCCAAUGUCCAUUGACAGAUGUAAGCAGUUUUGAGUUGAUAGCAAGAUGGUGCAGCUCCUGGAGCUAUAAAAUAACCCAAGAAAGGCGCACACCUCAGUGCUAGCUGGGUGCCUAGCCGACAGCGCAACACGUCCUGAGGCCUCGCAGCAUAUCGGGAUGAGAGCAGCGCCGGCAGAACUGAGCUCGGCCCUGAGCAGCCUGGCUUUCCCAGCUUUGUUGAGGAUGCUUCCGCUCGGUGAGGCUCCAGCCCGGCUCGCCCUGAUGCCGCGCGCCCCCCAGGGGCCGGAGGAAAUGGCGGCCGCCACCACACCUCAGCGCCGCCCAGGGGCGGGGCCCGGCCCUGUUGGCGCCAAGCGGGGACGGCGGCUCCCGCCCGGCCGCUCCGCUCCCAGCCAUGGCGGCCGCCGUGCCCGGCUACUCGCCGGGCUUCAAGAAGCCGCCGGCCACGCUGCGGCUGAAGCGCAAGCGGCCGCGGAGGAGCGAGCCCGCCGCCCCCCAGCCCUGCGGCGAGGCCCCGAGGGCCCCCUCCGCGCCCGUCCGCCGUAACCCCUUCUCCAGCCUGGACAACGCGCCGCGGCAGCCGGUCCGGCGGCAGCAGGAGGAGCCGGCACGGCCCGGCGGGGGGCCCGCCUCCACUGCGCCCUUCUGGCAGUUUUUAGAAUCUGCAGGAGAAGAUAAGCCGGCCCGGAACGUGGGGCUCUCAGAGGGAACCGACGUCCUUGGGCUGCCCGAGGACCUUCAUUUACCUGUUUCUACACCCGAUGUCCCUACCUCACCAAGACAUGAGUUUCCUGCAGACUGGAGCAUCAAAACACGACUUCUGUUUAUGUCUUCUCAACCUUUCACUUGGGCGGAGCAUUUAAAAGCACAGGAAGAAGCUCAGGGAUUUGCUCAGCAUUGCAGAGCAGCAGAAAUAAACUUGCCACAGAGUGUGCAGGAACCAAAACUGUCCACAGAACUGCGUUGUGCCUUCCAACAGAGCCUUGUUUACUGGCUUCACCCAUCGCUGUCAUGGCUGCAGCUGUUCCCUCGUAUUGGAGCAGACAGAAAGAUAGCAGGAAAGGCCUGUCCAUGGGCACAGGAUGAGGCCUUGCAGCAAGUGCUGAUGAGCGAUUGGUCUGUCAGCUUCACUUCUCUAUACAAUCUGCUCAAAGCCAAGCUGUGCCCCUACUUUUAUGUGUGCACUUACCAGUUUACUGUCCUGUUCCGUGCAGCUGGUCUGGCGGGAAGUGAUGUUAUCACAGCAGUGAUUUCUCCCACCACCAGAGGUUUAAGGGAAGCCAUGAGAAAUGAAGGCAUAGAGUUUUCUCUACCUUUGGUAGAAGAAAGUAGAAGCAGAAAACAGAAAAACUCUGAAGGGAAUUUGGAAACAGAAGUUGCUCACGGCCCUGAAGUGGGCAGAAGCCCUGAGAAUGGCGAGGAAGCUGCUCCAAGUGAUGAUGAUGAUGAUGGUUUCUCUUGGCUUGAGGAGAUGGGAGUCCAAGACAAGGUUAAAAAACCGGAUGCUAUUUCUAUUAAACUUCGUAAAGAGAAACAUGAAGUGCAGGUGGAUCACAGACCUGAAUCCCUUGCAGUGGUGAAAGGAACAAACACAUUCACUUUAUUGAACUUCCUGAUAAACUGUAAGAGCCUGGUGGCUGUUGCAGGUCCACAGGCAGGGCUUCCUCCUACUCUAUUGUCUCCUGUUGCUUUCCGAGGUGGAACAAUGCAAACGCUCAAAGCUCGUAGUAUGAAUGCAAAAGCCAGAGUCCGCCUGGCAUAUGAAGAUAUCUUCAGUUUGGAGAUCGUAGGCCCUGUCCUGCCUCAUUCUCUCCACUUGCUGACCAUGCUGCUGCAGUCUGCACAGCAGGGAGCAUUUUCAGCAGUGCUGUAUACACAUGAGCCAACAGCUGUGUUCAAUGCUGAUCUCAGUAAUGCAAGCCCUGCCUUAAAGAAGGAAACCAUAAGCAAAGACCUGCUGAAGUGUGGCCUGCAUUCUAAAACUUUGGAUCAGCUGAGUCAGGUGCCAACACUGGGAAAAUCUUCCCUCCGGUUUCUGGAAAUGAAAGACUCUGCAUAUGCCUGGAAGUCUUAGGUAUGUGCUAUUUGGAGUCGGUGGAGCACAAAGCUCUCCAGUAUGAAGUUGCUUCCUUCAGGCCUGCAGGGCACCACCUAUGCUGUACAGGAGGAAUGUAACCUAGUCAAACAUCACUGCCAACUCUUGCACGUCACAGAAAUAAAACACCUCAAGGGGCUUUUAGAGAUGGGGCUUUUAGAGAUUGAGGAAAAGGCCCUGGACAUCUCCUUUUGUAUUUUAGAAAGCAUUUUUUAAAAUAAAAUUUUAUAAAAUGGUUUGCUUUUGCUUGAUCUGAAUUCAGUGUGGAAGGCCUGUAUUUUUCAUGUACAUGUAUACUCUAUUCUAAAACACAGAAUUGCUGCUACUGCUCAGAGCAGUAAUGUGUAGCCACUUCUGAGGGGUGGAAUUCUUCUCCUACCACCUCUGAGCCCUGCUUAUAGCACCAAGCCAGAAGCCUGGCCUCUAAGUCUCAUUACACCUCUUGGUUCAGGUGUAACUUUAACUCCAAAAACCAGAAAUCAGAUGGGUGUGAACAGUUCCAACUGCAUCUGAAUCAGAUUAAGAGGUUGGGAUUCCCCAGACCUGCUGAUGUAGUUUUCCAACACUGCCAUCUACAUUUACUUAUGUAAAAUAAGAUUUUUAACAGGCAGCUUAUACAAUGGGACAUGCACCAGAACAAGUUAGAGCAACACAAUAUGGUUAUGACACCUGAUGGAAGUAGAGAAAAUGAAAGGCAGCAAGGUGAUGCUGCUCUGUUCAUAGCAGGAGCCUAUAUUCAGGUUUAAUGCAAUCUCUUGCACUAUUGCUGCUUUGAAGACAUGUAUAAUGUCAUUUAUCACACAGCUAUCAGGUAAGCUGAUAGUAAUAGUAAAUCUGAAGAGCAGUAAGUAGAAUAACAUCAUGCUUAUGCACUCCAGCAAGAUUUGUAGUUCUACUGGUGUUUUGCACAGGAAAGAACAAUGCUUGUAGUCAUGCCACCUUUAUUUUCACUACAGUGGUGUCCUGUCAUCAUUCUGAAGCAGGGAUAGUCUGCUUGAUGGCACCUAUAGACCUAACAACCCAGCUCUGUAAGCAAAUCACUGCAGGCUGAGGCAGUUACAUGAGUAUUGUGUAGAGUUAGUGUUACUGCACAGUACCUACCAUGAUGCUGGCAGGGUCACAGUACGUGGAAGACCAGGGUAUCUGGAAAACCUAAAUACACCUCAAUUUAAGUCCCUACCUUACAGUAAGAAAGGGCAGCUUUAGAUCUUUAGAUGCUGGAGAGAAUCCAGCACCAAUUCAUGCCUGGCAGUUAUUAUACUUGACUUUCCUGUUUCUUCAGCCCACCAUUUUAAAACUACCACUUAGUUGACUGUCUGGGACUUGUUCUGGUGGCUGCUGGCUCUACAUUCUCAGGCACCUGUUUCAGAACACUCCGCACCACAGGGAAAUCAGAAGCACUGUCAGUGAAAGCAGUUCUAGGAAAACAAUCCCGCAGCAACAAAAGUCCAGCAGGCACAGAGAUGCCUUCGUCUUCCAGGAGUCCAUUCACUUUUGAGACAGCUGAAGUGCUCCAUAAAUAAACAGGUCCCAAGAGAGUGUUUCCUAGUUAUUCUUUUUAAUAGGACUACUCAUCUAUUCCUGCAUGCAAAGGACACUCCAACCAAAUUUACAAACUGAACAGAAGGACAUCUCCGCACUAAAUUCAUUUAUCAUUCUAAACAACAGGAAUGAAACUAAAACAGAAACUCCAAAGUCAAGAAGUGUCAUAACUGAAGUAUUACAGAUAUUAAUAUUUUAAGUAUUGAAAAUCAAAGGUUAGAUCUACAUACAGUACCACGUCUUUUAAGGCGUGAAAUCCAGAAUUUGCCUCAACAGUUACUUUUGAAAUGGAGUCUUCUAUGGGACUGAAUUCAUCUGUUCCUCAAAACAUAUCUUUCCAAUAUACACGGAGAAUAUAAACCCCGAAAGAACAAAAUCAACAAAGUACAACAGAUUAUGUUCCAGAUUUGAUAAUGAACAGAUCCGAAACCUGUGCUUAUAUGGACACCACGGACGGAACAGUGCGAGCAACACUGCUGAUGUUUUAGCUGUAUCAGCAGACAUUUGAACAGAAGCCUGAAUAGGAGCUGCCUCCCACAUCCUGAGUUAACAGCUUUGAGUCAGACAUCAGAAAGCUGGACUUGCCUAAAGUGGAUACAAUCCCCAGCUCUCCCACAGUCAAUCUUUCCAUCGCUGUACCUUCUGCUUAGCUUUGUUUUUCAAAUACACACCUUAUAACUUGUUCAGAAAACGAGGCAAGGAGAUCUUCAAACAAUUUUACACAGAGACUGAAGAUGAGAAGCCAAAGGGAGAAAACUUUAAUUAGAGACAACUACGUCCACAAAAAAAAAAAAAACUUUGUCAUUUCUAGAGUGUUUUGAUAGACUAAUAAAAGGAUUUAUUUCUUGGGUGUGGUAGAGAACACAGUACCAUUUAUCUGCUGUAUGCAAAAUGAGAUGCUGGUACUUGUCCACUGAGGGCAAAGGAAGAUACCUUGUUCAGUAACAGCUGAGAGAGUGCACACAAAUAAUUUACUCUGUGGAAGAAGAGCUACUAGUAAUUCAUCACCUCCAAGAUCCUACUGCUGUUGCAAAAGUCGUUCACUUUAGGCCUGAGCACAGUCUUACUGCAUACAAAUUGUAAUUUGUUCCUGUUCCCAAUGAAGCUCUGGUCAGUUGAUGUAAUACAAAAAAAAUCCUCAAAGACUUUUCGGAAAUAAGCACCUGAACUACUACAGUAAUAAAGUACUGCUGUAAUCCUGGCAGUCUGCUCAAAACACAGACAAAUCUGGCAAAAGAUGUACAAUGCCCUUUCCAAUUCAAAGUGCACAUAGCUAAAGUACUAAUACUUCUUAAAUUAAGAGGACAAAAAAAAAA